AUGAAAGCUCAGCAACACAACCAACAGAGAUAUGGAGUCUUCAGCAGUGAUUCCUUUUCUGAUGAUGAUGAGGAUUUUGAAAUGCAGAGGAAGAAGAGAAAUUUAAGGAGAUCUCUUCUGGUCAGCUUUCAGAAAGGUGCCUUAACGGGAGUUGACAAAGAUACCAUGAAAAUGGGAGGAAGUUUGGCUGGUGUGGAGCAAAUGCAAAUAGAUGGUUCAGUACAAUUUGAUGGUGUGGGUGGUCUUUCUGACCACAUUUCAUCUUUAAAGGAGAUGGUCAUUUUCCCAUUGCUUUAUCCCGAAAUCUUUGAGAGAUUGAAAAUUGAACCUCCAAGAGGCUGUCUAUUCUAUGGUCCACCAGGGACUGGAAAGACACUGCUUGCUCGUGCACUUGCUAAUGAAUGCAGUCAGGGUGACAUGAGAGUAACCUUUUUUAUGAGAAAAGGUGCUGAGUGCUUGAGUAAAUGGAUAGGAGAAUCUGAACGACAGCUUCGUUUAUUAUUUGAGCAGGCCUACCAGAUGCGACCUUCAAUUAUUUUCUUUGACGAGAUUGAUGCUCUUGCUCCUGUACGGUCCAAUAAACAAGACCAAAUUCAUAGCUCUGUGGUGGGGACACUUCUGGCACUUAUGGAUGGCUUAGCCAGCAGAGGAGAGGUUGUGGUCAUAGGAGCCACCAACAGACUGGAUUCUAUAGAUCCUGCUUUACGAAGACCUGGGCGCUUUGAACGAGAAUUCCGCUUCAGUUUGCCAAACAAAGAGGCAAGAAAAGAAAUUUCCAAAAUUCAUACACGAGACUGGAACCUGAAGCCGUCGGACAACUUACUUGAAGAGCUGGCUGAAGAAUGUGUUGGAUACUGUGGUGCCGAUAUUAAAGCCUUAUGUGCCGAAACCGGUCUCUGUGCUCUGCGGCAUCGCUAUCCUCAGCUAUAUGAAAGCAGAGAGAGACUGCAGAUAAACAUGGAUUCAAUUAAAAUAAAAGCAAAUGAUUUUUCCAUGGCCAUGCAGAAGACUGUUCCAGCUUCACGGAGGGUUGUGCCUUCCCCUGGGCGAGCGCUAUCAGCUAUUUCAAAGCCACUGUUAAAAAACACACUGGAAAGGAUUUUACAAACCUUGCAAAGAGUGUUCCCCCAUGCCGAGCUUGCACUAAAGAAGGACCAACAGAAAGGAAAUUAUGUGAUUGAGACUGAUGAGGAAUCACCAUCAAUCUCUGAAGAGAAGCCAACUCAUAAAACACCUGAUUGCAAAAAGGCAGAAUUCUGCACUUUUAGCGGAAAUCCUCGUGACCAGCCAACAUCUUACAGGCCACGGUUCUUACUAAUUGAAGAGCCAGGAUCUGGGCAAGCUUCUGAUUUGGCAGCUGCAGUAAUACAUUCCCUGGAAAAGUUUCCAGUUUAUACACUGGACACACCAACUUUGUUUGCUAGCACGUCACCAGAUGAAACGUGUGUACAGCUGAUGCGAGAAGCUCAAAGAACAGCACCAAGUAUCAUUUAUGUCCCACAAAUCCCUUCAUGGUGGGAGACUGUUGGACCUACACUGAGAUCUGUUUUUACAACACUACUGCAGAGCAUCCCAAGGUUUACUCCAGUUUUACUCCUUGCAACAUCUAAUGUACAACUGAGAGAUCUCCCAGAAGAGAUAAAAACAUUGUUCAAUGAUGAAUAUGAAGAAGUUUUCAGAAUCCCGUGUCCUACCUGUGCUGAAAGAAGACAUUUUUUUGAGGACUUAGUUAUGAAGCAAGCUGCUCAACCUCCUGCAUUAAAAAACAACACAACUUGCCAGCCUUUGGAAGUGCUGCCUGUAGCUCCACCACCCAAGCAUCGAAAGCUGACAGAGGAAGAAAUAAGACAGGUGGAAGAGCAGGAAGAGGAUACGUUGCGUGAACUUAGGAUUUACUUAAGAGAUGUGGCACAAAGACUUGUCAUUGACAAACGUUUCAAAGCAUUUACGAAGCCCAUUGACCCAGAGGAGGCAACCAAUUGCAGGGACACUGUUAAACAGCCCAUGGACCUCUCGACAGUUCUGUCCAAGAUUGACAUGCACCAGUACCUAACUGCAAGAGAUUUUCUAAAGGACAUCGAUCUAAUCUGUAGUAAUGCUUUAGAGUACAACCCAAAAAAAGGGCCUGGAGAUCCCCUCCUGAGGCACAAAGCUUGUACUUUGAGUGAUACUGCAUAUUCCAUAGUGAGGCAUGAAAUGAAUGAAGAUUUUGAGCAACGCUGCCAAAAAAUUAAGGAAUCUCGUAAAGAAAGAGGUAUGUUUUUUGAUGCUGAGGAUUUUAAGACUUGUCUCGUGCUUUGGUGUAAGAAAGAAGACCCAAAGUGUAAUGAAAAAUGGAAGAUGCCCACAGUGCCUGUGAAUGCCAGUACCCCCUGCUCUAAUGAUAAGUCAAAAAGAAAAUGCAAAAUGAAGGAAUGCUCUUCAAGUAUUGCAGCAAAGAGGGAGAAUGCUCAGUUUGCAUCCUCCGAAGAUAGUCCUAUGGAAGAACAUGAAAAUGUACUCCAAGGACAACAGAAAAAUGGGACAGAAAAUGAAAGCGAGAGACUGACCCUUGUGGCUGAAUCCUCUACUGAAAAAAAGAGUGCCAGGCUUCCUGAAUGUUUAGACCUAAGAGAGGAGAGUGAAAUGCUGGAUUGCCAAAUAGGCAGAACUUCUGAAGAUGGAAGUUCAAAUGGUUUACUGUGCAGUGCUAUAGUGGCAGCAUGA